AUGUUGUAUUAUUACGGAUUCAAUUCUGAAAAAUAUUAUGAACAAUUAGAAAAAAUGGAUAAACAGAUCGGUGAAAUUUUAUCUAUUUUAGAUAGAAAAGGAUGGUUAGAAGGUUGUUUGUUGAUACUCACAACUGAUCAUGGUGGUGUUGAUACAACGCAUGGUAAAGAUUCCGAUUUAGAACGAAAUGUAUUCAUAAUAAUAAGGACCAGGUAUCAAAAAGAAUUCUAUGUUUGGUAA